AUGUCAGAGGAGUCAACAGCGUUUCUGGCUAUUUACAUCAUCACUUUCUUGAUUGGUUUUCCUAAUGCUGUGCUGGCGUUCUGCUCAUGUAUUCGCAAGAUUCAUCGUAAACCUCUCCCUAUUGACAUAUUCAUGUUGAACCUUGCUGUUUCUGAUCUCUUCUUCCUCACCUUCUUGCCUUUAAAGAUGAAAGAGGCCGCAGAUGACAUGGUUUGGAACAUGCCCCAUAUCCUGUGCCACUUCAGUGAUAUCAUGUUCUUUUUUCCUCUUUAUUUAAGCAGCCUGUUCUUGACGGCAAUAAGCGCAGAGCGCUACGUGUGUGUAGCAUUUCCAGUUACGUAUAAAAGUCCAAAAAGAAUAAUUUAUUCAACACUUAUAUGUGUUGUCACUUGGGUGAUGUUUUCAGCAUUUGCAAUAUUUCCAUACAAGGCAUCAUUUUUAGAUUCUGAUGAAGCGGACAACAACACUAAUCUGCUCUCCCUAGAUGCCAAACCUCAGGGGUGUUGUAUUAACCACACAGCAAAACAGCUGACAGAACUGCUUUCAGUGCAGUUGAGUUUAGCAGUGGUGUUUUUCCUUCUACCCUUCCUUAUCUGCUGCUUUUGUUACAUCAGUUUAAUUCGUAUUUUGAUAAAGUGUCCACUAUUUAAGCGACAACGUAAACUCAGGGUGACUGGACUGAUUGUGGGGACUCUCCUUGUAUUUGCCAUUAGCUUUGCACCUUACAAUGCAUCACAGAUAGUGGGCUUCAUCAAACACGAAAUUCCAAAUUGGCACAUGAAAGCUUUUAUGCUGAACACUUUAAAUGUAUGUUUUGACUCUAUUAUAUUUUUCUGUAUCUCUAAGGAUAUGAGAAGGGCCAUCAAAGUAUCUGCAAAGGCCUUGUUCAGUUUUAUGCCUAUUUAA